ACCCAGCUCUAUCCAUCUAAUCGAGUCGUGAAACACAUUUGCGAAUGAAAGCGACCUUUACCGGAGAGCAAUCGACGAGUGACUGUCGAUAAAAAAAAUUGCAGAUUGACUUCAAAACGAACGGAUAGUCUUCUGUUUAUACUUGAGCUUUUUCGGACCAACAUCUAAAUUUUAAAUGUUUCGUAAUAAAAUGAACAAGUGGUAAUUUUGUGAGAAAAACGUAGAUAGAAAACAUGACUGGAACGCAAACUCUAGACCCCAGCGACAUAAUCCGCGACCUAAAAGCUGCCGUGACUGCGCUAGAGCGCCACCACGCGAGCACGAUCAAGCAACGAGACCAACAGCGACGACCGAUCUACACGAUGAUUCCCAUUGAGCAAAAAACUCCAUGUCGGAAAAACGGACAAUCGCGCGAACCCGUGAGACGCGAAGCGGAAUGCAAUUUGAACGUAAAACCAUCUACUGUAUCGUGUGACGAUCUCCCGAAGAAGGAAGGGAAGGAAGAUGCGAGUCGUAGAUUGGUUCGUUCCAGUAAUCUUAUACAGAAAACUGCUCCUACCAAACCGUUACAUUCGAAGCUAUCUUUUGCACUCCUCUUUAGUCCGUAA